GCCCAGAGCGACUUGGCGGCCGCAGCGAUGGGCAGUGAGCCUGCGGGGGCGCCGAAGGUGCCUGAGGAACGCCUCGGGGAGACAGCAGCAGCCUCAACUCUGAGCUGCGGCGGGGGCGCGCGAGCGCAGCGCACAAAGCGAGUCGCUGGCCACUUCUAGGGGGGUGGCCCUGAGGGGCGAGCGGCCCGUGUGGCCCGAUCCGGGGGCUCCGGGACCUGGCCCUGAGCAUCUCGGGGUGUCAAGGAGCGUCUUCGGAGGCCGCCCGGGGCCCAGCACUGCUGCCACCGAGCCCCGGGGCGCCCCCUGGAUGGCUGAGCUGCCCCCUCGCCGGCCGCCCGGGCGCCGCAGCGGCUGAGGUCGCUGGGAUCGCCCGGCCGCCGCCCCCAUCGCCGGCCCCUGCAUGCCCGGCGCCCGGGUCGCAGCCCACCUGGACGCUCUGGGCCCCCUGGUCUCCUACGUGCAGCCACCGCUGCUGCCCUCUAUGUUCUACGUGGGCCUGUUCUUCGUCAAUGUGCUGAUCCUUUACUACGCCUUCCUUAUGGAAUACAUCGUUCUCAAUGUGGGCCUCGUCUUCCUGCCCGAGGACUUGGACCAGGCGCUGGUGGACCUCGGCGUACUUUCUGACCCUGGCUCUGGCCUUUACGAUGCCGACUCAGAGCUUGACGUCUUCGAUGGAUAUUUGGAAUAAGGUCUUGAUUACUGUUCCCCACUUGCCUUCCACCAUCCGCAACUCUUGGCCUGGACCAGCCGCCCGUACCAUGCCGCUGCCACUGGUUGGGGGCACCAUCUGGACAGGGAUGGGACCCCAGGAAGAGGCCCGUUUUUCUGAGGAUCCAGCCCAGUACCUCACACAUCCUAAACACAUAUCCUACUACUGAGGCGCACGCCUAGACUGCAUGGAUCUAUUUUUAAAUGAAUGCUAUGUCACCACAAGAAGAAGCCAGCUAAUGGCCUGCUCGUGCCAACAACAGGGUUCCUGCCCCAACCCAGGUGUCUGCCAGGAGAAGUGAGGACUCGGCGCAGGGACAGGGAGUGUCCAGGCCCUCCAAAGGCCCUGCUCGUCUGCCACCCGGCUCUCCACUGUCCUGGGUCUGGUUGUGACUCGCCACCUUUGUGAUGGAUGUUUACAGGAACCCAACCAGACGUCACCUCUCUGCACUUCAUCCCCAGCUGCACCUGCCUCCCCCACUUAACCUCUGGGAAGGACAUGGAGAGCUGAAGUGACAAGUGGACUCAUCCUCAGGCCGCUCUGUCAGCAUUGUUUGAUGCCACUUAACCUUAAGCUGGGAAGAUUUCAGACCCAAGACUGUUGAUCAUAGUUUCAGGGAGUCACUCUGAAGAGGGCUAUGCCAGGGCCCAGGCAGGGGUUAACCUCUCCAGGUUGACAGAACUGAGAUACUGCACUGGGGAAGACCAUGCUUCCCUGGCUAGAAAUCUAUUUUUGGAAGUGUGAGUGGUGCGCAUAGUGUGAAUGGAGUAGAUCCUUGAUUUCCAUAAACCUGUAAAAGCAAUACUUAGAGGCUGACUUAUUUCAUUAAAAAAAAUGUAAGCAACUCCAA